AUGCAUAUAAACAAACUUGUUAAUUCGGUAAAAAUAGUGAAAACGUUUACUCCACAAAAUGGAGAAAAAAGUUUGAUAUCAUCAUCAUCAUCAUCAUCAUCAUCAUCAUCAUCAUCAUCAUCAUCAUCAUCAUCAUCAUCAUCAUCAUCAUCAUCAUCAUCAUCAUCAUCAUCAUCAUCAUCAUCAUCAUCAUCAUCAUCAUCAUCAUCAUCAUCAUCAUCAUCAUCAUCAUCAUCAUCAUCAUCAUCAUCAUCAUCAUCAUCAUCAUCAUCAUCAUCAUCAUCAUCAUCAUCAUCAUCAUCAUCAUCAUCAUCAUCAUCAUCAUCAUCAUCAUCAUCAUCAUCAUCAUCAUCAUCAUCAUCAUCAUCAUCAUCAUCAUCAUCAUCAUCAUCAUCAUCAUCAUCAUCAUCAUCAUCAUCAUCAUCAUCAUCAUCAUCAUCAUCAUCAUCAUCAUCAUCAUCAUCAUGUUUUUACGACCUUAAUUAUCAUCAUCUUUUCAAGAUGAUUAAAAAUAUUAAUCCAAAUCUGUAG